AUGUCCUUGUCCACCCAUGGUGGCAUCGUGUAUGCCUGUGAGUUCUCACACCGGGAGCUGACUGGCAGAGAGGCUUACCCUGUGGACAUCCUGGAGGAUGACCCGGAAGGCUAUCAGGUAGCAGCGCAGACUUACUAUGAGUUGCUCAGGGAAGGAGCGCAGACCUCAACAGAAGUUAUCUCUCUUUCCACUGGGGAGCAGGUCAGACUUGAAACUUCAUCUCUCUGUUUUUGCACGCUGUACCGUGACGAACCUCAACAUAAAAUACUGGUUUUGGUUAAUCCCCAAGACACAAAGACAGUUGUGGCUGUUUACUUAAAGGAAUCCUGGUGGUCCGUCGAACACGUCCUAAGAACUUCUGAUCCCACACGGCAAGGGCUCAUGAAGGUUCAGUCCUUUGGGGAAAGGAUUGUUCUUUUUGUUCUCAACACCAUUGUUUUUGGAAGACUGGAGAGAAGGCUGGACAGCGAUGACAUGUUUUUCUUACCUCACCCUGCGAAGGAGCAAGCUAAGGUUCUGUGGAGAGAUGGAGCCGCGGUUGGAUUUUACUCAAUCAAGAUGAAAGGUAGCCUCUGUGGAGAUGGUACCGGCGCAUGCUACCUGCUGCCUGUCUUUGACACCGUGUUUGUAAGGAGGAAGAACCGUUGCCAAGGCCUGGGGACAGCCAUGCUGAGGGACUUCUGUGACACCUUUCACGGAGACGAAGCCCUGGGUAUCAGUUGUCCGAUAUCUCCUGCAAUGUACAAAGUCCUCAGGCAGUUCCUGUUGACCUGUCCAGGCGAGAGAGGGCGCUUGUGGGAGGUGGAGCCCCCUGGGGCCUGGGGCCAGCGUGUUAACAUCUGGUUCAAAGUUUAUCUUCGGGAGCGGACACGUCAAGAUGGGAGCACUGUGCACCCUAAAUGUUCUGAAGAGGACAUUGACACUCCCAGGCAGACUUCUCAGGAUGAUGGACCCACACACUUUAAUCAAGGAGAAAGCCACAGUGACCGCCUGGCAGCUCCCAGCUCCUUGGAUACCUGGUCUGCAGGGCUCCUCCCUGGCAGUGGGCCAUGCUGA